AUGGAUAUCCCCCGCCCCAAAGAGGGCGAUGUUGAUAUCGGUUCGGGCACGUUCAUCGCGUGCUGGGUCCUCACCGCGGUCGUCGGCCUAGCCCUAACCUUCCGCUAUGCCGUCAAGGCCUGGAUCCGCUGGGCAUUACCUCAAGUAACAGCCCCAGGACGGAUCUGGGGUGUAGAAGACCUCUUCUUCCUAUCCGCCUACGUCUUUGACAUCGUGCACAUGACGAUGAUUCAACUGAGUGCAUCCUGGGGUCUAGGUCGCCACUACUACUACCUAACCCCGGUUGAACGCUUCCACACCAUGAAAUGGGACUUCAUGUCGCAACCCAUCGCCGUGGCGUCAGCAAUGAUCUCCCGAACAGGCAUGAUGUGGUUCUUGUUGACAUGCUUCGCGGCCAGCGACCGGCGCUUGCGCCUGAGUAUUAUCGUGUGUGCGAUUAUUCAGAUCGUCGCGAAUAUGGUUACCAUCGUCCAGAUUAUAGUGCAGUGUGGACCGAAUCCCUACGCCCCGGCUGAUCGGGUGAAAUAUUUCAAGUAUAUGUGGACACCUCUCCCUGCUGAUGGCUCGGUUGUUUGUCAGAGUCCGAGUGUGCAGACGACUGUGGGUUUUGUACAGGGUGGGUUCAAUACAGUAAUCGACUUCUACCUCGGCGUCCUGGCCGCAGUGGAACUAUGGCAAUUUUUCCUACGGACGCUGCAUCGAGACCCCAAUCUAUCGUUUUGGUCGCAAUUUCGCAAGAUUAAUGGGACCGUUCGCUCGCGGCGUAUUUGGCAGACUAUCACGCUGAGCGGGCCACUGCUUCUUUCUGGGGCGGCGUCUAUUGUUAAGACUUAUAAACUCAAAUCCCUCGGCGAUAGGCUAGACUUUACCUAUAAUAUUGUCAGUUUUAUUCUUUGGGUUAAAAUCGAAAACUACUCCAUCCUCCUCGCCUCCUGCGCCCCCGUUGCCCGACUCUUCCUCCGUACCGUCGUCGACCACCGCGGUCGGGUAACAGGGUACUGGUCUCGCUCGCGCUCACAUACGAACGAACAUACAGAUCGGAGUAAUGAGACAGAACUCAAGCGCAGACAUAAGGAGCGGUGGAUGGAUUCGGCGACGACGACAAAUUGGGUUGAUGAGGAGGGCCAGACGCAUACCCACGGGAUUCAUCCCCAUUUGCAUGGGGAUGGGGAUGGGCUGGGGGAGAGGUCCGAGAGUCGCAUCUCACAUGCUAGUCCUGGCGAUACUCAGACUCAGGUUGAUAAUGGGUGUGUUACUGUCAAGACGGAUAUUGUGGUGCAAGUUGAUGAUGGGAGGAGUGUUAGUAGUGGUGGGGCGAGGCUUUUGCCUGAGGGUGGGGGAGGCGGUUGUGAUGAGAGGAAGGGAGAGUAG